AAAAAAUAUAGUAAAAACUGGUAAAAAGAAAAAGAAAAGCCCUCAAAUAAUGGAGGUGGAGUGUGGUGUGAGCCAUUGGAUAUUGCAGGUGUAAAAAUGGAGAUGAGAAUCCCAAUGCUCAGAGAGACAGCCACCACCACUGCCCAGUGUUCACUCCCCCCUUGUAUCCAAUUAAACUAAGCUUAUCUCCCUUCUCUCUCCCACACUACAAUCCAAUCUUCCCCUCCCACCAUUCCAUACCUUCAUUCUCUCUCUCUCCCCAAACAAACAAAAACCCUCGACAAUUUUCAGCUUGUUUUCCCCUACCCAUGAUUUUGGAUCGGAAAAUCUCAAUCUCAUCGAUCAGAAAGUUGAAAGCUUGAAAAAGGGUUCAUCGGAUCAGAGGCGGAGCGUGGAAGGGUAGGGGAGGGAAGUUUCUCUCUCUCUCUCUCAUGCAUCACGACCGCGCCGACCAAAUGUCCGAGGAUGAAGACGACCACCGAUCCCCGCCGUCGGAUCUGGAAUUCACUUCCAGCGAGGCGCGGAACUAUUCCACUGUUGGUUCCGGGUCAGGGUCCGGGUCGGGGGUUCCGGAGUCUCAGGCUCCGUACCUGGACCAGGUUCUGGAUAAUGUUUUAGAUAACGUGCUCCAGUUCCUGACCUCGCGGCAGGACCGCAACGCCGCCUCAUUGGUGUGCAAGUCUUGGUACCGGGUGGAGGCAGUCACGCGAUCCGAGCUAUUCAUCGGAAACUGCUACGCGGUGUCGCCGGCCAGGGCUAGUGCCCGGUUCACGAAAGUCCGAUCCCUGGUGCUCAAGGGGAAGCCCAGGUUUGCGGAUUUUAACCUGUUGCCACAAGGUUGGGGAGCUCACUUUUCACCGUGGGUUGCGUCCAUGGCUAAAGCUUACUCCUGUCUGGAGAAGGUCCAUCUGAAGCGUAUGUCAGUGACGGAUGUUGAUCUUGAAAAUCUGGCUAAGUCUCUUCCGGGGUUUAAGGAGCUUGUGCUGGUUUGCUGUGAAGGGUUUGGGACCAAGGGGCUUGCUGCCUUUGUUAGCUUGUGCAGACAGCUUAGGGUGCUUGAUCUGAUCGAAUCUGAGGUUGCGGACGAUGAAAUGGAUUGGAUAUCGCAUUUUCCCGAGGGGGAAUCAUGUCUCGAGUCAUUGAUAUUUGAUUGUGUUGAAUGCCUGAUUAAUUUUCAGGCAUUGGAGAGGUUGGUUGCAAAUUCGCCUUCAAUGAAAAGGCUUAGGCUGAACCGACAUGUUUCCAUUGGGCAGCUAUUCCGGCUGCUGAAGAUUCGAGGUCCACAGCUUACUCACCUUGGGACAGGCUCAUUCAGUCUGUCAGAUUUGGUGCCACAGGGCGACCAAGAACCAGAGCUAGAUUAUGCAUCCGCAUUUACUGCUUGCAAAUCCUUAGUUUGUCUCUCUGGGUUUAGGGAAAUAGUUCCAGAUUACUUGCCAGCUAUCUACCCAGUUUGUGCAAAUCUAACUUCUCUGAAUUUUAGCUAUGCUAACAUCAACACAGAACAGCUCAGGCCAAUCAUAAGACACUGCCACAAUCUCCAGAUCUUUUGGGUUCUUGAUUCAAUAUGUGAUGAAGGUCUUCAAGCAGUAGCUGCAACAUGCAAGGAGCUCCGUGAGCUUCGGGUUUUCCCUAUUGAUGCUCGGGAAGACAGUGAGGGUCCUGUUUCUGAAGUGGGCCUGCAAGCAAUUUCUGAAGGUUGUCCGAAAUUGCAAUCUAUUUUAUACUUCUGCCAGAGGAUGACAAAUGCAGCUGUGAAAGCCAUGUCUAAGAACUGCCCUGAUCUUGUGGUAUUCCGUCUAUGCAUAAUGGAGCGCCACAGGCCUGAUCAUGUUACUGGAGAUCCUAUGGAUGAAGGAUUUGGAGCCAUUGUUAAGAACUGCAAGAAGCUCACUCGUCUUGCAGUGUCUGGUUUGCUGACUGAUAAAGCUUUCAGUUACAUUGGAAAGUAUGGCAAAUUGGUACGCACACUGUCAGUUGCUUUUGCUGGAAACAGUGACAUGGGACUGAAAUAUGUGCUCGAGGGAUGUCCUCGAUUGCAGAAGCUCGAGAUAAGAGAUAGCCCAUUUGGAGAUGUGGCUCUGCUUUCUGGUUUGCAUCAGUACUACAACAUGAGGUUCCUUUGGAUGUCAUCAUGUAGAUUAACCCGUCAAGGUUGCCAGCGGGUUGCUCGAGAAAUGCCUCACCUGGUGGUUGAACUUAUAGGGUCAAACUGGGAGGAUAUGGAGAUGGAUGACGUUGCUGAAAAAUUGUCCAUGUACAUGUACAGGUCUGUUGAAAUGCCAAGGGAGGAUGCACCAGAUUUUGUUACAAUCAUGUAGGUAUCUGUGGUGGAGGAAGUUGUCUCUCAUGAUCUUUUCAAUGGAUAUUUCACAAGUCUAAGCUGUUCCACAGAGAAAAUGGAUAAAGCGGAUAUCUUUUAAAUGCCCGCAAGAAGGUCCUUUCCAUUGCUUUCUAUCAAGCAAAGUCCAGUUAUACCUGCUGCUUGGGCAUGACCUGUUGCUGCAAGUCACAUUAAUAGCAGAAGCUCCACGGAGGACAACAGUUACUAUUUUUCAAGCUCUUAUAAAGAGGAACUGGACUAAUGCAGAAGAUGGUUGUCUCUGUAAGUUAUUGAAUCAUUGGAUAGUGUUGUAGGCUUGUAGCGGCAUGCAUUUACAUUUUACAUCACUUGUUUGUUUUCAUAUUCAUUUCAUGGUAAACAAAGGUAGUGAGAAGAGGAGGGAGGGUUAUUGAACUAUAUGGAUAAAGGUCACAUAUCUGUUUUUUCUUCGAACAAAUUGCCUUAUCCAUUGACACUAGGCUCAAGAUGAUUCUAUAGAGAUUGAGAUGGGUGGAAAGCAAAGAUUAAAAAUCGAAAAGGAAGUUUUAUCUCUUUAACCAGUUUCUUUUUUUGUUCAUUUUGCUUUAAAUUGCUAGUUGGUUAAACUUAGCUGGUGAGACUAAAAAUGCCGGGAAGGCCAGAACUUACACAUCUGUGUCUUUCUCAGCAUUUGUUAUUUUUCCUAGAUGUGUUGUAGCACCUGACUGUUGAAUUUAUUAUUGUUAUUGUUAGCAAUGUGAGAUGAGAAAUAAAUGCCAGAUAUGCAU